AUGGACCCUUCGAAGGUAGCUGCGUUUGUGGUGGCAUGCUUGAUAUUCUAUCGGAUAAUCAACGUUGCAGUUAAGCUUUUGAAGAUCACAUUGCUCUCCGAUUACCCGCUCAGAGCUGAGGAUUUGCCGAGUCUUCCUAUUGUGGGCCAUGCAUAUCUCUUCGUUGGUAGUACGGAAACUAUCUUGAAUAGGGUCAUUGGAAUCGGACAUAUGUAUCCUACAUCGUUUCGAUUCUCGAUUGGUUACAAUUCAUUGUUCUGCGCGACUUCUCCUGAACAUCUCAAGUUGAUACUUCACAGUUCGAAAACCGUUGAGAGGAACAACUUUUAUGAAUACGCUCGGCCCUGGAUGGGGGAUGGAUUAAUCACCGCUCCUGGGUCAAUAUGGGAAGUGCAUCGGAAGCUGCUUCAACCAUUCUUCAAUACCAUGGUUCUCAAAUCUUUCGUCGAAAUAUUUACCACUCAGUCAGUGAUACUGGCCAAGAAAAUAGAGCAGCACUUGGACGGACCAGAAUUUGAAAUAUCGAGAUACGUUUCGCUGUGUACAUUGGACGCAAUCUGUGAGACGGCGACGGGUAUAAAGUUGGAAGCACAGGAAAGCAACAGUUGUCAGUACGAAGAAGCAUCCCAUAAGGUGAUGGUUGGUUAUGUCAAACGAGCUGCCAGCCCUUGGCUGUACUCAGACUUUAUUUUCUACCGCACGCAACUUGGCAAAGACGAAAAGAAACACAUCAAGUUUAUGCAUGAGCUGACUGACAACGUGAUACGGAAGAAGAAAGCAGAAAUCGUCCAACACAGCGAUUCACGGGUGUCUGUCGAUAACGAACAAGGUUCAGCUGAUAUUUCCAUGGCUGCACCUCAGUUACUGAUAGAUAAUCUCUUAAGACUAUCCGGUGACAACGAAGUACUAACGGAUAAAAUGGUCCGGGAUCACAUCGAUUCGAUAAUGGUAGCUGGCAGUGACACAACGGCCACCACAGUGAACUACUUGAUGUUGAUGCUAGCGUCUCACCAAGACAUUCAGGACAAAGUGUACCAGGAAUUGUGUGAAAAUUUCGGAGAAAAUGUAUCAGAUGAUGACGGUGAAGAAUUACCUAUCACGAUGGAAGUCUUAGCGAGGAUGACGUACAUGGAUAGAGUGAUCAAGGAAACUAUUCGCCUAUUUCCUGUUGUAUGCCUAGUUUUCCGAAAGGCGACGGAAGAUUUGGAUUUAGGUCAGUUUACUUUGCCACGAGGGAGUUCGAUCGCUCUCAACUUCAUCGGGGUUCACAGAUCCGAGAAGUAUUGGCCGGAUCCUCUGAAAUUCGACCCGGAUCGAUUUCUACCGGAAAGAUUCGCACAACAAGAACCAUAUUCUUACUUGCCGUUUGGUGGUGGUCGAAGAAAUUGUAUCGGAUCGAAGUAUGCUGUGAUGUUCAUGAAGAUAAUCGUCGCAACUAUUCUCCGGAAAUAUGUUUUGACCAAGGAUGAAGUGGUACCAGUCGAAGAUUUACGGCUGAAAAUGGAUUUUGUGUUGAAACCUGUUGAUCCUAUCACAUUGAGGAUUCAGAGACGCCCAAAAAGGAAGAGCGAAUCAACAUUACGUACAUAA